AGACACCAAGUCAAGCUGCAGUUGGAGUUAAUGUAUGUAAUCUUUCUGAUCAUGUGUCUGCCUCCACUGACAUUGUGACAUAUCUGGUAAUUUGUCAUGUUUAGUCCUUAUGUUUUGGACUACAACUCCUGUAUCCCACAGUCCACAUAGCCAGUGUAACUUGUGAUAUGUGUUUUAUAGUUGAAUGCAUUUGGAAGGAAGCAGGUUGCCUGCCCUGGAUUUGUAGUGAAGGUCCAGAUCCAGACCCCACUCUUGCCAUUGACACAUCCCUGACUGGGUUAUGCCAGCCCUUGCAUGGGCAUACCAUCUUCCAAACUGCCAAGACAUGCUGCAUCCUUUGCAGUAAGGUCAGUACUGUAAUUACAUGCCAUAAAAAGCACAGAUAACCACAAAUGCCCAGUAGGCUAAAGGGGUAGGUAUUUUUCCUCACUCUGUAUUUGCUAAGGCCCCUGGGAGCAGCAGUGCUCUCUCACAUCAAGGUUUGUAACUAGGGAAAAGGGGAAUGAUUAAGUUCUUGGCCAAAGGGAUCUGCUGACAGCAAAAAGGGGUGGAGAGAAGAGCCCACAGGGCCAGCUUGCUGCAAUUAAAAGGCACUCCAGUCCUGAAGGAACUGUGGCAGCCAUGGAAGUCAGAGCUUGGUUAAUCUGUGUGCUGCUGGAGCCCUGCUGCCAGAGAUCUCAGCAUGCUGGGGCCAUCUGCCUUUCCCAAGAAGGAGACGUUCCCCAAAGGCAAGCUCCCCCACCUCAUAAGAGCAGUAAGAUGGCCCAAGCCAAGCCUGACAUCCGCCUCAUCCAAAGUAAGCCAGGCACCCAAGCAAGGCCCUACAGCCUGUCCCUCUCUCCAGAUGACUACCACCAGUACUUACCAAAACCCAAGCGCCUGCUGCAUGCCACCCGGUUGAUGAAACUGUUGGGCUCUUCCUAUGAUCCUUUCUGGAUGUCUCUUGAGGACCCCCGAGGUCAGAACACAAGCCAAGAAGAAUUGGGCACCCUGAACCAAGACCUGGCUGAACAUACAGCCCAGUUUAGGAAGAAACUCCUGCAGGAGGCCAAGGCACUAGAUUUUUCUGACCUGCUGCCUUCCGAGGAUGGGAUCCCCCACAACCUGAGCCAAGCCCUCCUCCCGCGCCUCCAUCAGUGGUUAGUGGCUAGUGCUUCCUGCCAUCUGAAGUCUUCCUGGGUGGAUAUGGGACCCAUCUUCUGGCCACGCUGGGUGCGCCAUACUGACUGUGACCUAAUGGAUGCUGGAUGCUCAUGGCCUCCAGGCAUGUCGUGCCAGCCUGCACAGACCACCCACAUCAAACUCCUUGCGUGGCAUUGCUGGAUGAACAGGGAUCAUACUUCGAGUCACAGGAAGUCCCUUCAGCAGUGCACUUGGAGGCAAGUCCCAUACCCUGUGGUGGCUGCAUGCAAGUGUUCCUGCUGA